GAAUGCUGACCAAUCGUAUAGAAUAUGCAAAUAAUGUUUGAAAAUUCCCCGGGAAAUCCGAGUUUCGCGGCAGGGCCCUUCGCGCGAAAACUGUAUCCCCUCAUUCAUUGUCAGCUUCCUGGAACCAUUUUUUGAUCCGCUGAAGACGAACUCGCGACCGGAUUAAAUCCGUUGCAUCUGCUAGUUCUAGGGAGUUUACAUUUAAUAUUUACUAUGGAUCGGCCAUGUAAGACAGUGGUAUAACAGUUACUUCGAUUAUUUGUUGUUGAAUCAUCGCUGAUUUUGUGGAAAUAAGCGCCAAAGUUACAGAGGGACAAAAGGGCAUUCGAGCCUUAAGAUGAGAAAGGGGGUAGCCUCGAUCCCAGAGAGAGUCCUUAUUUCAGGGGUCGGGGGCUCCUCUAUCGACAAAAACACGGUUUUAAUAUCAGAUCGCUAUCCUACUGCUACAUACAUACAGAUAAUAACACCUCCGUCCUGCGUAAAUCAGACCACUAAUGUUGGUCUCCCCGGCGCGACCGGGAGUCUGCUGUACGCAACCCCCAAUCCAUCAUCACCAAACGGGACAGGACAGAACGUCACGCUCGGACGGCCACCGGCCAAGCGCAGGCUGCAGCUGGAAGAGGGAGCGAGGCCGGCCAUGGAGGACAGCGUCCGGUCAGGCCGGGCCAGGAGGAACUCCCCCUCUGUACGGGCAGGCCGGGCCAGGAGGAACUCCCCCCCUGCUCCCAAAAUACAUGGGGUUGUGACGGAGUUAACCCCAUGUAACCCCCCCCCAGCUCCCAAGUCCCCCCCAGAGAAGACGCGCUACGACACGUCCCUGGGCCUGCUCACACAGAAGUUUGUACAGCUGCUGGCGCGCUCGCAGGACGGCGUGGUGGACCUGAACCAGGCCUCGCAGGCCUUGCAGGUGCAGAAGAGAAGGCUGUAUGACAUCACCAACGUCCUGGAGGGCGUGCACCUCAUCAAGAAGAAGUCCAAGAACAACAUCCAGUGGAUGGGCUGCAGCCUGAGUGAGGAAGGUGUGGUGGUAAGGAGCAGCCAUGCUCUGGACAGGGAGCUGCAGGAGCUGAGCGUGGAGGAGAGAAGGCUGGAUGAGCUCAUCCACACGGCCACAUGCAGCGUCUCCCUGACGACCGAGGACCGGCUCAACAAGUCGCUGGCCUACCUGACGUACGAGGACGUGAGGAGGAUCCCCAGUCUGAAGGAGCAGACUGUGAUCGUUAUCAAGGCCCCGGCAGAUACCAGGCUGGAAGUGCCCCAUCCAGAGGAGAGCCUCCAAGUUCACCUCAGCAGUACUCAGGGGCCUAUAGAGGUGUUUCUCUGUUCGGAUGACCAUGCCCCUUCCACCCCCUCAAAGGAAGCUGCCUUCUCCAGGAGCUCUUGCUCUCCUGUCAACGGACUCCCCUCCUCCUUCCUCAAGGUGUCCCAAGGAGCUGGCCAGCCCAGCAGCUGUAGUAACCCCCGCUCCAGACUCCCAGAAUGCCCAGCGGUGACGGUGAGCUCUGUGUCCCCCCUCACCUCCCUCCUCCCCCGUCCCGAGGACCCCUUUGUGACCCUGUCUCCCCCGCUGGCCCUCUCUCUGGAUGGGGGAGACUACCUGCUGAGCCUGGGGGAGGAUGAGGGUGUGAGCGACUUGUUCUCCCCCUUCCCCCUGCCUCUGGAUGCCCUGCUCUGAGCCCCACCCUGCCUCGCGUCACAGGGGCUGACAUGUUGGGAGGCGUUACUAAUCAGACUCUGCCUCACGUUGGGGUUACCUUUCUGGGUUGGUUCACCCCUUCCUGGAGGAAACCACCCCCCCUUCCUGGAGGAAACCACCCCCCCUUCCUGGAGGAAACCACCCCCCCUUCCUGGAGGAAACCACCCCCCCUUCCUGGAGGA